CUUGAGGAAACUUUGAAGAUGUGGCUCAGAAAGUGGCUUUGUUUAGUGCUGCCGCUACUGGUGCUAUUUGGGUGCUGCAUGGGCUUCCAACAACUGAUUGUGAGCAAGCCCUACAUGUCCUUCAUUACACACCUGAUCAGAUUUCAGAGUCAAGACAAUAUCAUUGUGUCGCCUGCCUCAUUCCACGACGGCCUAAUACACUUAUUAAUGGGCACAAGGGGUUCAAGUGCCGCCGAGAUGAUGGGAACGCUGCAGCUUAACGAACAGAAACUGAACGAGUAUCUGAAGAAGAACAUCUCCAGCAAAUACAUCUAUAAUUCGACUCUAAAAAUGUUCAAUCAGUUGUACGUGGACCGUCGAAUGUGGCUGCUGGAUCGGUACAAGCAGGAUAUAAACAGGUAUUUCAAUACAAAAGUCGAGCAUAUGAACUUCGGGAGCAUAGAUAACACCGUGGACACCAUCAACGGAUGGAUAGACAAGAAAACGGGGGAGAAAGUCAAAGAUAUGCUGGGCUGGGUUGAUCCCGAGUCACAAAUGGUGCUGGUCACUGCCUUAGACUUCUAUGGCGAGUGGGAGAAGCCCUUCGACCCGAACCAGACCACAAAGGAGGUCUUCGAAACUCAGCAACGAAACGGAGGAGACGACACUCCCCCAUCCCUGGUGGACAUGAUGCACAUUAAGGAUAAGUUUUCCCAUGGAUACAUAGAAAAGCUCUGUGCCUAUGUGAUAUUCUUGCCCUACAAAAAGUCGAACCUUUCAAUGGUCGUACUGCUGCCGAGAGAUUCCAACGGUCUUUACUACAUUACCAGAAAUAUCCAUGAGAUAGACCUGCAAGAACUUGUGCCCACUGAACCACCAGCGGAAAUUGAACUCAGUUUUCCCAGAUUCAAAAUUGAAUACAGAUCGGAUGUGUCGAAUAUCAUCAAGUCCAUGGGUAUUCGCAAGAUAUUUUCGAACAACGCCAACUUCAGUGGCCUCACCCGACAGGAGGGUCUGCGCCUCAAUCAGUUUAUUCACAAAAUUCAUAUCCUGGUGGACGAAGGGGCCCACAAUGCGUCUGCCGCCUCGGCCUCUGUUCAGUUGAAAAAGAAAUUGGUCAAGAGGAGCGUCGCAGCUCAAAGUUUCACAGUCAAUCAUCCGUUUUUCUUUCUAAUCAAAGACAAGAAGAGAAUAUAUGUGGCAGGAAUUGUUAAUAGAAUACCAUAA